AUGGAAGAAAGUUCAAUUUCUAUGGUAAGGGUCAUUCAGAUUGUUGAAUUACUUCAGCUGACCUCAAAAUUUUUCAAUGACGCAGCUGAAAUAGUAAAUCAAAGAAGGGUUAAUUCAUCAGACCAUUCAAAAUCCAGCAAAAAGCGAAGGAAAAUAAAAACAAAGCGUCACAAGUCUGGCUACCAAGUCUUCCUUAAAGAAAAAAUGAGCGAAUUAAAGAAAAACCCUGAAUAUUCAAGUAACUAUAAUUCAGAUUCAAAAAUGAGCACUCUUUCGUCUUUAGUUUCCCAAGAAUGAAACAAAGCAGGAGAACAGGAAAAAGAAAUUUAUAAACAAAAGGCUGAGAAGCUUAAACAAGAGGAGGUUGAAAAAGUGAAUUGUGAAGAAAGGAAAUUCGAGCCUUCAGAAAGCUUAUUAAAGCUGCUUGAAGAUAAUGAUACCAUAGAAGAAAGCUCAAGUGAAAACGAAAAAGGAGUGAAGAAAGAAGCAAUUAAAAGCCCUUCUGAAAGUGAAGAUCAGCUUAUGGAAGAGGAGAGUGAUUAG